AAUCUGUACUUUGCGAAAGGGUGCUGGAUUCAGUUAGAGUUCAGCAGAUCUCGUUGUGUGCUAGGCAUCAAGAUCAUUUUUCGACUGCAUUCACAAGCAAGAGAUAUCACGAGAUGAAGUUCAUAGUACCUUUGCUACUUCUGGGUGCACUGUGCACGUGCUUCGCCGAAGGACGUAAAACAAAGACGAAAAGAGAAAAGAGAGAAAUCAAAUGUGGAACCAAAGGAGAAGGGAUUGAAAGAAUUGUAGGUGGAACGAACGUAACUACAAAAGGCCUAUGGCCGUGGCAGACAUCGAUACAACUCAAACGUCGUGAUUUUCAUUUCUGCGGUGGCAGCAUCAUCAAGCCUGAUUGGAUAAUCACUGCCGCUCAUUGUUUCAAAGAAAAUGCCAAUCCUUCGGACUACAAAGUCAUCGCCGGUGAGCUUAACCUUGAGAAAAAGGAAGAUGACGAACAAGUAAUGGACAUCGAGAAGAUCAUCAGGCAUCCAAGCUACAACGAAUCGAAACUCCCUAAAUUUGAUUAUGACCUCGCACUACUGAAACUGAAAAAUAAUAUUACAUUCAAUGGCAAGGUUCGACCUAUUUGCCUUCCAACAAAGCGUUUUCCAGAUGGAAAAAAUUGUUACGCUACUGGUUGGGGAUACCUUGAACACAAGAAGGAAAACGAAACGGCGAAGAGAACCCCUAUUCUUCAACAGGUCAAACUUCCCCUUGUUUCUGAUGGAACGUGUCGAAACCAUUUCUCGAGACUGACCUCACGCAUGAUCUGUGCCGGCGAUGGGAAAGGAGGUAAAGGCAUAUGCCCGGGUGAUAGUGGUGGACCUCUGGCCUGUAAGAACAAAUCUGGUAUCUGGGACCUGGCUGGAGUUGUGAGCUUUUUCCUAGGGGAGUGCGCUCGCAAGGAUAGCUAUGACUUUUAUACCAACAUGGUUCAACUCAAAGGCUGGGUUGAAGGACAAAUCAGCAAAAAUUAGUACUUUUGCGCCAAAUAAAUGUAUGAAAUGUCCAACAUUUGUGUUGCUUUCAACAAGAUAAUUUAGCGUAACUUUUAACUCUUUAAGGCAAGCACUUUUUGUUGAUUUACCACAUACUUCUAAACAUACAAAAACAUUUGUACGUUGAUUUAUCAUAAGAUGAAUAUCAAUCAGCAGACGUACUUUACCCUUA